AUGGGAGCCGCUGCCAGCAAGACCUCGUCCGCUGUGGCGUCGUCUUCGCGCAGCCGCGUGAUCCGCACUAACGUGUCGCUGGAGCAGCUGAUUGCUCUGUCUCGUGGUGCUGUCACGGAGCUACCGGCGCAGACUCAAGUGGAAGCCGUCGAGAUGUCGGCGACGCCCAUCGAUUCACAUGGUUCCCACGUGGAGCUGAUGGAGAUGCAGACGCAACUGCUGGACGACGUUCAGAAGAUCGAGGAUUUCGACCGCGUUAAGUUUCUCGAGGAGAGCACACGCGCCUUCGAAGCCACUGCCAGUAGCCACCGCCCGCGAUCAUCGCAGCCUGUACGACUCCCAACCGAUAAGACCAGCGCUGCGUCUUCAUCAGGCAUUGGAGGCAUCGACGAGGAAGAAAUUCGAGGCCGUUUAACCUCGAGAGAUCUGCGUACUUUAUUGCGUCUUCACUACGAGAAGCCCAUGAGCUGGACACACGAGGUGCUCGCAGACAAGUAUGGACUCGAUAUCGACACCAUGCGCAGCAUCCUCAGCAGCGUGGGUCCGCCAAACGUCCUGCCUCCACGAGGCACAUCCGAACACCCGCUUGGCGUGUGGUUCAACGCUCCCGGGGAACUACUAGCGCAAAGCAAGGAGCACCCGUAG